CUAUAAUUAGAAGACAUAUGACAAAAAAGAUGGCAGCGAUUGCCGACCGCUGUCCUUCGGAUAUAUUGCAAAAAUGGCGCAUUAUCUGAUAUUUUCACAAGAUUUUAUAAUAAUAAGUGAACAUUUGUGCAGUGCUACAUUGUGAUGGUGUGUUGUUUUACAUGAAUGACAGUGUUAACCGUGUGUAAACAGGACUGCGACUCUCAUCUGGAUAUUGGAUUACACAUAAAAUCAAGUCACAAUGGUGGUGGGAGAGAACAAGCGGUCCAACAUCAUGGACGGCAUCGAGAACACGGGUGACGUCCGUCUGCACGACCACCGGUUGCGGCUCAAACAGAGAUUCGACAUAGUCCGAAAACUCGGACAGGGCACGUACGGCAAGGUCCAGCUGGGCAUCAACAAGAAAACGGGGCAGGAGGUCGCCAUCAAGACCAUAAAGAAGUGCAAGAUCGAGUCGGAGGCGGACCUGGUGCGCAUCCGGCGGGAGGUGCAGAUCAUGUCGUCCGUGCGGCAUCCCAACAUUGUACAUAUUUAUGAAGUAUUUGAAAAUAGUGAAAAGAUGAUCCUCGUUAUGGAGUAUUGCUCCGGGGGAGAACUGUACGAUUACCUCAGCCAAAAGAAAGUAUUACAAGAAGACGAAGCGAGAAGGUUAUUCCGUCAGAUCGCGACGGCCGUUUAUUAUUGCCAUAUACAUAAGAUAUGCCAUAGAGACUUGAAGCUGGAAAAUGUGUUAUUGGACGACACGGGCAGCGCUAAGAUAGCCGACUUCGGUCUGUCAAAUGUGUUCAAAGAGACUUCACUAUUGUCGACGUUCUGCGGGUCGCCUCUGUACGCGUCGCCGGAGAUCGUUAAAGGGACGCCUUACAUCGGUCCUGAGGUGGACUGUUGGUCGCUGGGCGUGUUGCUCUACACCCUGGUGUACGGCGCCAUGCCGUUCGAUGGCUCCAACUUCAAGCGGCUAGUGCGCCAGAUCAGCAACGGGGAUUACUACGAGCCUAAGAGUCCUUCCACCGCAUCGCCGCUGAUCCGAGACAUGCUGACGGUGGACCCUCUCAAGCGCGCAGACAUUGUGUAUAUUUGUGAUCACUCAUGGGUGAACACGGGGUGCGAGACGGGCUGUCUAGAGAUGGCGGAGAUGCUGGCGGCCGAGACGCCAGUACGACUGGACCUGCUGCUCUCCCUGGCCCCGCCACCUAGCAACUCUGUCGUGGUGCCCAACGAGGGCGAACUGACAGCAUCAGAGAGCGGCGCAGAACUCACAACUUCAGCCUCGAUGGCCAUGAUGGAGCCCAGCAGCUCCGCCGAGAAGAGAAUUCUUGACCUCAUGGCCGAGGGCGGUGAAGACGCGAUCAAGCCGUCGCCGACGCGCACCAUCGUGGCCGACAACAAGCGCAAGCUCGAGCUGGCCGCGUCGGCCGCCGCCGUCGGCAGGAAGAAGGAGCGAGUGCACAGUUCGGCGAGCCUCGCGGGUGGCGCCGGACCAGAACUGGCACCGGAGGCGGUCCAACCCACCUUAAAAUCGUCCGCAACCAUGACGAUAUCGCCGGCCCCCGCCCCCACUCCCGCCCCCGCCCCCGCCCCGGGGGCACUCGCCAAGGACGCCACGCGGGAGAUCACCAAGGCGCCGCCCGCACAGGAGCCGCGGGCCCCCGUGAAGCACAAGUGUUGUUCGCAGGAGGAGUCGGCCCCUGCGUCCCCCGCCUCCCCCUCGUCCCCCCCGUCCCCCGCGGCCCCCGCCUCGCCUAAAGAAGAGGUGUCGGCGGCGGCCGCGCAGCUGACGGGGCUGGCCAUCGCGCAGGCGCACCCGCAGCCGCCGGCGCAGGCGCCCCAGCAGCCGAAACCUAAAAAAUUCUCUAUACCGGGCGGCAACGUCGGCAGCUUCAAGGAGCAGUUCGAGCGCCGCGCCUCGCUCACGGCGCCGGCGCCGGAACACAAGCGGAGCGUCUCCAAACCUGUGUCGAAGAUCGCCAAGCCGAAGGCGCAGAGCGAGGACCGCGAGCUGCAGAAGAGCCCGGACAGUGGCUCCGUGAGACUGCAGCAGAUCGGGAUUGAGCCUUCCUCGCACCAGCACCAGCACCAGCCCCGCGGCGGCGUGCUGAAGACGGAGAGCGAGCCCAACCACGGCACGCCCCUAGACCCCGCCGUGCUGCUGCAGGACGCCAGGAGGAGUCUCCAGAACUCGAUGGCCAAGCUGGAGGAGGCCCGCGGGGGCGGGGGUGGUGGUGGGGGUGGCGGUGGGGGGGGCGAGGAGACCCGCCGCCGCGCCGCGCGGGACAUCAUCUCCACCGCCAUACGGACAGGCAAACCACCAGUGCCGUACGGGCGCUCGUCGUCGGCGGGUGUAACCACGCUGAGCGGGCUGGCGUCGCCCGGCACGCCCGGCACGCCUAGCACGCCCGGCCCGCCCGGCACGCCGAGCACGCCCGGCACGCGCGUGUUCCGCACCGAGGCGCAGCACCGCGUCGAGGACCACCGUCCGAGGGGCGUGUCGGUGGAGCGCAUCAUCCCGAUCGCCGUGGCCGAGGAGGCCGCGCCCCCCGCCCCCGCCCCCGCCGCCGUCAGCCGGCAAACUAGUCACCCACCGUUGAGACGAUUAACGUCGAACGAAUCUACGGGCAGCGCGGCCGAGUCCGUGUCGAGCGGCGGCGAACCCAUCAAGAAGAGCGCGAGGGAGUUCAUCAUACCCAUAGCGGUGGAGGGCAAGGGCUUCGUCACACCGAGACAACGCAGCACGGAACCCGAGAUGACACGCAAGCCGCGCAAGCCGAGACGCAUCAGCAGCCUCGUGAGCGGCGGCGAAUCCGAAGAAGAAGAUGACACCCACAUGCAUCGAUUGAGGUCCUCGCGCGCCGCGCGGGCCGACUCCGUCAGCUCCGGCUCCGGCGACGACGACGAGGAGGACGAGGGCUUCCAUCUCCUCACCGCCGAGAACCUCUUCUCCACGCUGCUGCACAGGGUCCGCGCGCUCACCAACCGGCUCAACGGCGAGGAGGGCCCCGGCUUCCAGCGCCCGCACUCGCUCUUCAACAACCUCGCACACGACAACUUCUUCAACAGCCCUCACUUACCCAGGAGAAACUUGCUACGCGAGGGCUGGGGCUCGCGCGACCUGCACGCGGACUUCGAGUCGAUGUUCAACAAGCCGCGCCAGCCGCCGCGAGGUAAUAUUAAGAAAACGGGUAAAGACGAAAGCGAGAAUAGCAAAGACGAGGCGCUGGACCUGUCGGACCUGGACCUGAGCGGCAUGCGGCUGAGCGGGCGCGAGCUGCGCGCGCUGUCCGGCCUCACGCCCGCGCUGUCCCGCCGUCUGCAGCGCCAGCUGCUCGCCCAGCUGCCUCCCGCCACCGCGCAGCAGCUGCGCCGCACGCUCUCGCUCACCGCACCCUCCGCCUCCGCACCCGCCUCCACUCCGCCCGCCCGCAGCUCCUCCGCCACCUCCGACCGCGACGACGCGGCCACGCUCCCGAGGCCGGCGCGGGCCACCCCCGACCGGCCGCUGCUCAGCAAGUACUUGACUCCGGAGCGCGCUCUAUCGCUGGACGAGUCCUCGGACGGCGGCUCCGUGCCGUCGGAGCCGGUGGCGCGCCGACACUCGAUGCGGCUCACGCCCGACCGCCCCCGGAAGCGAGUCUCCCGCUUCCUCCGCCCCGACUUCUUCGACACGCCGCCCGACGAGAGCGGGUACGCGCGGCAGAAGCGCGAGAAAGAGAUGGAAACGCAAAAGAUAUUGAGGGAAAUUCGGGAGAAAAAGAGCAGGGCGCUGGAGUCGGGCGUCAGGAGCCCCGAGUGCGGCACCGUGUCGCCCGUGUUCCGCGAGGAGCCCGUGCUGGCGCGCAAGUGCGUGUCCCCCGGCAUCCUGCUGGCCAAGGAGCGCAGCCGCUCCAACACCCCCUUCUUCCCCAUACUGGACAACAUUAGAGAGGCCGCCCUGGACGCCCCCAAGCUUCCGGAGCUCCCGCCCGAAACUGACAGAAAGACUUGCGUUGAUAGUAUUUUAGAUAACAAAUUGACUAGGCCGAAAAGUUUCCCUGUAAAAAAUCUAGAUCCGUUCGAUGGUCAGAGUCGUAUCGCGCCUACGGCGGAUGCGAAAGACGAGGAUAGUAAAGAGAAAACUCUGCCGCGGGAAUCUAAACUUGUACGCCCGAGAAGCUACCCCACUAGUAGCCCGUCGCCCGAAAAAGUGUACAUCAAUCGCGCCGCCAAAAAGGACGACACCGUCAACGGUACUAGUAAUUCGGUGAAGGAGGAAACGCCUCCGCCGCCUCUCGAUAGUAAAAACGAUGUCGAAGUCAGUUUCAGUAUUAGUUUACCCAGGAAAGCGAAGCCCGCUGCACCCGUAAAGACGGAAAACUCAAACGAACCGACCCCACAUAAAGAACGGACGCCAGACUCCAAAGAUAGUCCGAGCACAAACCUAGUUCUGAAAAAGUUCGUAGUGGUGAAUAACGAAAGUUCUAGCGAGAAAACGGGGAGCAAAAAUCUUAAAAUUGAAAACGGUAUCGCGAAUGGUAAUCUGAACGGCGGUGCCGUUAAAGUCGAGCCAAAAACUGACGCGAAACCGAAAGUAGUCAACGGCGCAUCUAAAAAAGAGAUCACGCAGAAAUCUUCCGAAACCGAAGGAAGCGAAAAAAAAGGGACUAUAAAAAAGAAAAUAAUUAAGAAAGUUUCGUCCAAAUCGAAGACCGACGCGGGGAGCGCGGACUCGAAAGAUAAACCCGCGACCGAAAAGAAGAAAGUCACAAACAAAGUGAAAGAGAAGGAUCCCGAAAACGGCGCCAAACCGACCGUCACAAAAAAGAAAUCGGUUUUGCAGUCGAUAGGGCACAAGUUUGAGAAGUUUACGUCGUCCAAGUCGAACUCCCCCGAGAAGGUGUGCGAGACCAAAGAUACGGCGAAAGCGAUCCGCACGCAGCGGGAGCACUCGGUGCCGGCGAGCGCGGAGCCGCCCACCGAGGCCGGCCUCAUCCAGCGCGCCGUCACGCUCGCCGACGUGGUCGCGCUCCACCCCUCGCCGCCCCCGCCCCCGCCGCCGCCGCCCAGCAGGACCACCGUCUCCAAGGUCCUCGGCCUCUUCAAAAAGUUCGAACCCAAAGAGAAAGCGGUAAAGCCGCUAGAGAAAACUGCAAACGAUGCGGAGCCGAUCAAAAAAAUCAUUCCCGAGAGUGAACCGGUAGAGGAAUCUACCGACGAUAGACCGAAACGACCCACGUCGUUGCUCCUCAACGGUCCGGGUCGAAAGAAGUACGGGAGAACCGGCAGCGACGGCGCUUCCGCGACGAACGAAAACGACGAACAGACGGUACUUAAGAAAGAUGCCGAAUCUAAAAAUAAAAAUAGUUUAAAACUGGAUUUCUCCAGGUUGCCGAGAGUUAAGAAAAUAGUUCCUACCGACCCUGUGAUAGAACCGCAAAUUGUGAGCGUUUCCCCCGUAGGUAAAGAUACCGAGAAGGAGGUAGAGAGGAACGGGACGGGGUGCCGCGACGACGACGCGACCGGCCGCAGCCGGUCGCGCAGCCGCUCCAUCGUCUCCAACUCGGAGCGCCAGGCCGAGCCCCCCGCACCCCCCGCACCCACCGCACCCCCCGAGCCCCCCGCACCUACCGAGCCGCGCGCGGAGCCCGCGCACCCGCUGCGCACCCGGGAGCCCACUACGCCCGAGCGGGAGGACAUCGUCGAAAGAAUACGAAGGAAGAGCUUCUACUCGAGGUUCAACGAGAAGAAACAACGAAGGAAAAGUAAUCUAGUCGGGCCGGGCGCCACCGAGUACGACCCCGUCGCCGUGCUGCACGGCGCCGAGCGCUCCGACCCGGGCUCGCCCGGCAGCCUGGACCUGUCCCCGGGCUACUCCGCCGCCUCCGAUCUCUCGCCCUCCGCCGAGCGCUACCGAUCUCUCUUGACCGACACGCCCGUUAGCACUAGGAAUAACUUAAGAUUCGAUAAUUACGGACUGAACGAUAAGAUAGACACGUAUCGAUCUCUCGAUAGAAACGAAUUCCGGAAGUAUCCGACGCGAAGUUACCUAGAUUAUGAGCAGCCUUCGUACUCGUACGGCACGCUGGGCCACCGCUACUCGCGCACCAAGUCGCUGCUGGACGGCGAGGAGUCGGCGGCGGCGGCGCUGGCCCGAGAGCCGCUGCGCUACGGCCGCACGCUGUCCAUGUACUCGCCCGGCAACUACGCCACCUACCGCCCCAAGACCACCAGGAACCCCGCCAUCAUCCUCAAGGAGAGCGAGAAGGAGCCCAGCCCCGAAAACAUUCUAGACAGAAUUAGACAGAGGAAAAAUUAUUCGAUUAGCGUCACUCGCAAACCGGACCCCGAAAAGGAACCCUCCCCAAGAUCCGCUGUCCCACCUCAAGGCGAAGGCGACGGUGCAGAACGCGCUGAGGAAGCUCACUGAACGGAACUACUAGCGGCCACGGCGGUACUCCAGCAUUUGUUAGCUAUUCACUCGUCGGAUGUAGCCUCACCAAUCUUAUAAGGAAUCUCUGGAUGCUCUUUUUCAUUUCUGUGUAAUUAUUUACAAUAUGUUGAGGUACCUUUGUAUUUGAGACUGUUAAAAUUCUUGCCAAUUCACACUAUGAAGGAUUUGCACAAUAAUUUAGAAUCUCAGGGGACCGAUGUCUGUAGCGAGACUUUAAUGGCAAGGGGCUAGUAUAUUAGUUAGUUAUAUGUCCGUGUGACAACAAGUAACUUGAAUUGUAAUAUAACAAAUUGUUUUUGGAUAUCAGAUAGAUGCUACGCAUUUCAGGAUUUGCUAUACAAGCUUCCAGACUGUGAAUGAACGACGUAAUAUUUUGCCAACAUUGACUUUGUUGAUAUUUAUUGUAAAUCGAUUCUUAUGUGCCUUCGUACUAUAACAAAAUGACUGGAUUUGAUAUAGUCAGUUUUAUUCAAAGAGAUUUAUGACACGAUUUUAGUGUGUGUUUGCACAAAAUAUGUUUAUUCAAUAUUAUUUGUAUAUUAAUUUUAAUUAAAUACAUCCAUUUACAUUUUACAGACCCUAAGUCAAUUUAAGUUUAAAUGUUAUGAAAUAGUCAUAAAAUAUUUGAUUGCUAAGUCACGCCCUUAAAGUAUAAUCGAAUAGAAUGGUGCUUAGUUGAGGUUUUGUUAGAAAUAACUUGUAUUAUAGACGUUUUAUGAAAUCACUUACACCAGCCGUAUUUUAGCAUAAGUUUUACGUUUUCAGUUUUAUAGAGAGUUAGGGCGUCCGCUAGCGGGGGCGGGUGCACGGAGCGGGCGAACGCUCGUACUAUUUUUCGUAAUCCCGUUCACCCGCUCCGUGCAACCGCGCUAGCUACCGGUCGCCCUUUACGGCUCGGCCACGACAUUGCGCGACAGGCGACGGCGGCGGCGACAACCAUAGGUUGGAGCGAGACACAGCGAUCGGACCUUUCGUUCUCACCUAUAAUUGCCGCCGCCGCUGCCGCCAGGCGCGCAAUGUCGUGGCCGAGCCGUUAGGUAACAAGUGGCGCCCGUGUGUUGUGCCGCAACGGCACGUGUUUUAAGCAAUCAUUUUAGAUGAUACAUUUACAUAUUUUUUACUUUCUUGAUCCUAUUUAUUAAUUGUCAUAGUAUUGAUGAAUUUAUUUAUUGGUGUGUGGUGAUUUUUAAUAUUUUCCUGUUACUCAUAGUCGCCGUAUUGGUGAAACUAAACUGUGAUUAUUAAGAUGAAUAUUAAAAUUACUAUCACACUCGUUUUGUAUUGAAUGUGAAUAAAUUAUAUAGUUGAUAAA